GAAAUUGCUUGUUUUAAAACCGUUUUCAUGAUUUUAACCACGUGACAUGUAGAUGUCAUGUCAUGGCUCUGUGAAGUUAUAAAAACUACCACUUUUAUUGGUGUUUAAUAUUCGGCAAGUUCGGUGUUGGUUAGCAUUAGCUCGCCGGCUGUGAAAAUCAACCCAACUUUCUGUAGCUGCUAAAGUUUAGCUAGUGCCACCAAAAAAAGGAGAGAAGUUUUAUUAAUAUUUUUUAUUUAUUUUUCUGCUGCAUUUUGCGCCUUUCUUCGCCCUCCAGAAAUGGCGUCGUUAUCGGCGACAGAACCAGCAGUUUGUCCGGGUGCAAUAGCAGCAGCAGAGUCCAUCGUGCCUGCGUGUAUGUUUGCACCGGACCGAGGCUGUGUCGAGGAUCCGUGCGGCGAAGAGGGCUUCGACGACGGCGAGGACACCAACGGUGACUCCGCGGAUCAUCUAGACUUGAGCAACAAGCUGGUUCUAGUCAGUCCGACAGGGGAACAGUAUGAUUCCCUACUGCGACAUUUACGGGAGCGGAUAGACGAAGGCUGCGGAGAGACCAUCUAUGUGGUUGGAAUGGGCUCAGAUGGAGGUGAUUAUGGCCUGGAUGAGAAGGACAUGGAGGCAUCUGUGGCCACGGUGCGCUCGCUUUGUGAGCAGAUCGAAGCCGACCUAAUCCUGCUGAGAGAGAGGACGGACACAGGUGGACAGAUUCGGGACUACCUGAUUCGUCGCUGUGUGGGCGAACAGGAUUUCCUGGAAGUCAGGGUGGCAGUAGUAGGAAAUGUGGACGCAGGAAAGAGCACCCUGCUGGGGGUUUUAACCCACGGUGAGCUGGACAAUGGCAGAGGCUUUGCUCGCCAGAAGCUCUUCAGGCACAAACAUGAAAUGGAGAGCGGCAGGACCAGCAGUGUAGGGAAUGACAUCCUCGGCUUUGAUCAGGAGGGCCAGGUGGUGAACAAGCCAGACAGCCACGGCGGAGGCCUAGACUGGACCAAGAUCUGCGAAAAGUCCUCAAAGGUCAUCACCUUUAUUGACCUGGCAGGACACGAGAAGUACCUGAAGACCACGGUGUUCGGCAUGACCGGACACCUUCCUGAUUUCUGCAUGCUUAUGGUUGGCAGCAAUGCUGGCAUUGUUGGCAUGACCAAAGAGCAUCUAGGUCUGGCGCUGGCCUUAAAUGUGCCUGUGUUUGUAGUGGUCACAAAGAUAGACAUGUGUCCAGCCAACGUCCUGCAAGAGACGCUUAAAUUAUUACAGAGGUUAUUAAAGUCACCAGGCUGCCGGAAAAUCCCAGUGUUGGUUCAGAACAAGGACGACGUGGUCGUCACAGCCUCCAACUUCUGCUCAGAGAGGAUGUGUCCAAUUUUCCAGAUCUCAAAUGUGACUGGUGAGAACAUGGAUCUGUUGAAGAUGUUCCUCAACCUCCUUUCCUCUAGAACAACCUUUAGCAACGAUGAACCUGCAGAGUUCCAGAUUGAUGACACAUACUCAGUACCGGGCGUGGGCACAGUAGUUUCAGGAACCACGUUACGUGGAAUGAUACGACUCAACGACACGCUGCUCUUGGGCCCGGACCCGCUCGGCACCUUCAUCCCCAUUGCGGUUAAGUCCAUCCACCGGAAGAGAAUGCCUGUCAGAGAAGUGCGCGGUGGCCAGACGGCAUCGUUUGCCCUCAAAAAGAUUAAACGAUCCUCCAUAAGGAAAGGAAUGGUGAUGGUCUCGCCAAAGCUGAUGCCACAGGCCAUCUGGGAGUUUGAGGCUGAGAUUCUGGUCUUACACCACCCAACUACGAUAUCGCCGAGAUACCAGGCCAUGGUCCACUGUGGCAGCAUCAGGCAGACUGCCACCAUCCUGACAAUGAAUAAAGACUGUCUAAGGACCGGGGACAAGGCCACGGUCCACUUCCGAUUCAUCAAGACCCCAGAGUACUUGCACUGUGACCAGAAGCUGGUGUUUAGGGAAGGACGCACGAAAGCUGUGGGCACCAUCACCAAGCUUCUCCAAUCAGUGAACACCCAGGCAGCCAAGACGCAGCAGUCCAAAACACAGGCCCAUAAGAAAACUAGCAAAGACGGGCCAGCAGCCAACGAGGAGGCCGGACGGCCGCCCAGCCCCAGCGCAGCGCAGCUACCAACAGUGGCAGACGAGGAGGCUCUGUGUAAAGAUGUCAACACUGAAAACAAGCUCAAGGCCGGGAGCGGAGGACGCAGGAGAGGCGGUCAGAGACACCGAGGGAAAGGCCUGAGCCCUGCGGCCGUCACCGCUGCGGUGUCUGCGGGAGCAGCGGGCUCGAGCUAAAGCACUGCCUCAUCUCUUCACGUCUGUCGUCACGGGGAGAAAAAGUGACUGCGUGACACUGGUUGUGUACAAACUGACGGACAAACGCACAAUUCAGCACAAAAUGAAGUGGCAAGUUUCAAUCAUGGGUGUGAACAUUUUACAUAGUUUGGCUUUUAUUGCUGUUAAGUUUAUUUACUAGGCUCAAUUCCAAAAGAUGUUUCUUUUUUUUAAAGCGAAGGCUUUGGUGGAGUUGGGUCAUGUUUGUUUGUUUGUUUGUAGUUCUUCAGAACUUGAUGGGUUUUUUCAGCCAGCGAAGGCAUCGGUUGCUUUUUCUUCCUCUGACGGUCCCCAUAGUCACAGUCAUUCUCAUGCUGUAACAUCCCGUGUUCCUCCACUUAACUGAAUGGAUGCAACUAGUUAAAAUGGCACCAGGGCCACAGUUUACCUACUUUUCACGUCUGUUUUUAAAGAAAGCAGAUUAUAGUAACAAGUUCAGAAAGUUUCUUUGAACAAAGCACCUUGUGUGGUAUUGAACUGAGAGGCGUCUGGUAUCAGCCUGAUCCAUUAUACUAAUGGAUCAGUUUACUCUUCCAGACGAAGACGAAGCGCAAGAUCCAGUUUAGAAAGAGAGAGACGGUGCUUUGUGAUGAAUCUGAUGUGGUCGUUUUAUAGCUUUUGUAUUUCAUCUUUUCUAAGAGUUAAAAUUUCUACCCGAUUAAAUUCGUGCAGUCCAGAGAGAAGACGUUUGAGUUGUCCCUCUCUUUUUCAUAAGGCUGCAUAAUGUUAAAAUUGUACAACUCCCUGAAAUGAUGUCACCUGGAGCCGAUCAGGUUCCAGCGCAGCUGUUUUCUUGCAGUGUCAAAUAUUACUCAUGUAAUGAUUUAAUGGCUCAAAUACAAAAACGUUUCACACAUUAAAUGCCAAAAGUCGAGGUCGACUACUCACACCUGCUGUCCUGAACCUGGCGUUUACACACCAGCUACUAUCAAAUAUGGAUGAAGUUUUAGUAAAAGGUCCAACCAGCAGAAGAAUCAACUUACACCUCAGCUCAGUGAACAUGUGGCUACAACCAGUGCUAAACCAGUGGGAUUGUCAGCUUCUUAUUUGUUCAGAUGGGAGAGCGUUUCUGGUUUUCAGCUCGAAGGUGCUGACUUGCUUGUUACCCACAGGUCUGACUGUCUGAGUGGGAGUCACUUCAGUUACACCUUGUUGAGUGUUCAUGUUCAUCCUCACACUGAGCUCAUCCCUCCUUUGCUCCAAUUUGACCUUCGGUGCAUAGGUGUAUUUUUGUGUGUUUGUACAGAAUGUGUGCAGCAGAGCUCAGGGUAGAAAAGAUGCCAUUUAAAUUAAGUGGUGCCAGUUUGUGUUGUAAAUCCUUUUAAAUAAAGGUGUUCAAGAAAAA